CUCAUUUACUCUCCAAUGGCGAAAGAUCCGGUUCGCGUCCUCGUCACUGGCGCCGCAGGACAAAUUGGCUAUGCUCUUGUUCCAAUGAUUGCCAGAGGAAUCAUGUUGGGUCCAGACCAGCCUGUGAUUCUUCACAUGCUUGAUAUUCCACCUGCUGCUGAAGCAUUGAAUGGAGUUAAAAUGGAGUUGGUGGAUGCUGCAUUUCCUCUCCUCAAAGGUGUUGUUGCUACAACUGAUGUCGUUGAGGCAUGCACUGGUGUCAGCAUUGCAAUCAUGGUUGGCGGCUUCCCCAGGAAAGAAGGCAUGGAAAGAAAAGAUGUGAUGUCAAAGAAUGUUUCCAUUUACAAAUCUCAAGCUUCUGCCCUGGAAAAGCAUGCUGCUGCAAACUGCAAGGUUUUGGUUGUUGCUAACCCAGCCAAUACCAAUGCAUUGAUACUGAAGGAAUUUGCUCCAUCCAUUCCCGAGAAAAACAUUACUUGUCUGACAAGGUUGGACCAUAACAGGGCCCUUGGCCAAAUUUCAGAGAGAUUGAAUGUUCCAGUAUCAGAUGUGAAAAAUGUUAUUAUUUGGGGAAAUCACUCAUCAACCCAGUACCCUGAUGUCAACCAUGCUACUGUUAAAACACCUGCUGGAGACAAGCCUGUACGCAAGCUUGUUGCUGACGAUGGAUGGUUGAAUGGAGAAUUCAUUACCACUGUACAACAGCGCGGUGCUGCUAUUAUUAAGGCUAGAAAGCUCUCCAGUGCACUGUCUGCUGCUAGCUCAGCUGUUGACCACAUUCGUGAUUGGGUCCUUGGAACUCCAGAGGGAACUUGGGUUUCAAUGGGUGUAUACUCAGAUGGCUCAUACAAUGUGCCGGCUGGGCUUGUUUAUUCAUUCCCUGUUACUUGUUGCAAUGGAGAAUGGACAAUUGUCCAAGGUCUUGCAAUUGAUGAGCUCUCCAGGAAAAAAUUGGACUUGACAGCCGAAGAACUCACAGAGGAGAAGGCUUUGGCAUACUCUUGCCUUUCUUGAAUUUCAUCCUCUCCUGUCUACUCCUGUAGUAAGUAGUCAAUACGUGUGUUUCUGGAAGUAGCUGCAGUUUUGAAUAAUGCCAUUGUUGGUUUAUUGGGUGGACACCUUAAGUAAUGAUGGAGAAGCUACUCCUACAACUAUUUGCAUUUUGUUAUUCCUUCGAUCUUUGGGGAAUUUGAAAACCUCCUUGUGGAGGAUAGAGUAAACCCUGUUCUGCUUAAAUGAUUGAGAUUCAUAAUGAAUGAGAUUAUCUACCGUUUCGUCA